AUGGAUUGUGUAGCUUUAUGGGACGAAUCAUCUGAGGAAAGGAUUUGUCGGAGAUUUAUAAGAGAUAACUCCAACGUUAUGAGUCUCAGCGAUCAAAGUUUUGUGCAGAAUUUUCGGCUUAGUAAGGAAGCCUUUAUGUAUGUGCUAAAUAGCAUAAAGGGUGAGAUGAAAUCUCCAACGAGAGCAACGGCUAUCCCUGACAUUAUAAAAGUUGCAACAACCCUAAAGUUUCUUGCUCAGGGUGCGUAUCAACAUUUAAUUGGCCAAGACCAUCGCGCGGGGCUAGCACAGCAAACCGUUUCCAGUUGCCUUUGGGAAGUUUGCAGUGCAAUUGAAAAGGUAUUGUGUCCAAAACAUAUCGUUUUUUCGAUGAGCAGUGAAGAGCAACAGGAUGCCAACCGUAGAUUUUACGAAACAUGCGGAAUUCCGGGUGUGGUAGGAGCAGUGGAUGGAACGCACAUCCAAAUGAUAAGGCCAUCAAAUGACGAGCAUUUAUUUUUUAACCGAAAGCUUAAGCACAGCAUAAAUGCAAUGGUGAUAUGUGAUCACAAAAUGCAAAUUCGAGCCGUGAAUGGUAGAUUUGGAGGUGCAUCGCAUGAUUCGCACAUAUGGAACUUGUCCGGUGAGCGCGAAUAUUUAAAAACUGCCUAUGAAAACGGUGACUCUGGCCAACGAAUUCUUGAGUAA